AUGUCGACCGAAUAUGAUGAGAAAACCAAGGCUACCGAGUCGACGGCUUCGGAGGCUCCCCAGGGCGAAAUGAUCAACGCGUCCGGUCACGUCCAGGAGUUGGAGCGUAACUUCUCCCUGCUCAGUAUCUGUGCUAUCGCCGUGACGACCGGUAACACCUGGAUUGCUCAGGGUGGCAGUGUGGUGACGGCAUUGGGCAACGGUGGUCUGGGUGCCACGAUCUAUGAAUUUAUCGCUGUAUCAUUCUGCUACUGGCUGGUAGCUGCCUCGAUCGCCGAGCUGGCAUCGGGUAUGCCCUCUGCCAGUGGUGUCUAUCACUGGGCUUCGGUUACCGCUGGCAAGUAUGGUCGUGUUUGCGGCUUCUUUGCUGGCUGGUGGAACUGUUUGGCGUGGAUUUUGGGUGCUGCCUCCAUGUGUUUGAUCAUGGCCCAGCAGACCGUGUCCAUGUAUGCGCUGAUGCACCCUGACUUCGUUCCGCAGACCUGGAACGUGUUCGUCAGCUUCCUGCUUUGCACUUGGCUUUGCUGCUGCAUCGUCUUGUUCAUGAACCGUUGGUUGCCCUUCAUUGGUAACAUUGGCAUGUUCUUCAUUCUGACUGGUGUCUUCAUCACCAUCGUUGUCUGCACUGUGAUGCCCCAUGUCAACGGUACCGGAUACAUGUCCAACAAGGAUAUCUGGCAGACCUGGAGCAACGGAACUGGCUACAAGCAACAGGGCUUCGUCUUUGUCAUGGGUAUGCUCAACGGUGCUUACAGUGUCGGCACCCCUGACUGCUCCUCCCACUUGGCCGAGGAGAUCCCCAUGCCCAGCCGUAACAUCCCCAAGGCGGUGCUUGCCCAGAUGACUGUCGGUUUCGUCACUGGCAUUCUUUACAUGAUCGCCCUCUUCUACUCCAUCCAGGAUCUCGACAGUGUCACCUCCAGUUCCUACAACUUCCCCCUGGCUGAGAUCUACCACCAGGCGACUGGCACCCGCGGCGGUGCUCUGGGCCUCCUGAUCAUCGCCUUCAUUCCCACCUUGGUCACCGCAUCUGGCUGCUAUAUCACGGCCGGUCGGACCCUGUGGACUAUCUCCCGUGACCGUGCCACUCCGUUCCCCAAGUGGCUCGGCCGAAUCAACUCCACUUUCCACAACCCGUUCAACGCGACCCUGACCUGCGGUGUUUUCAUCACCAUCCUGGCCUGCAUCUACCUUGGCUCGACUACCGCCUUCAGCGCCUUCGUUGGCUGCUUCGUCCAGUUGUCUUCUUUGUCCUACUUCAUGGCCAUCUUCCCUCACAUCUUGACCCGCCGCUCCUCUUUCGUUCCUGGAUUCUUCUUUAUGAACAACAAGAUUGGAUAUGUUGUCAACAUCCUGUCUUGCAUCUACAUCCUUGCCUUCGUCGUCAUCUUCUGUUUCCCCUAUGCCCUUCCCGUUGAGGCUGCUUCAAUGAACUACGCCAGUCUGAUGACUGGUGGUCUGACCAUCUUCGUCACCAUCUGGUGGUUCAUUCGCCAGGGCUCGUACGAGGGUCCUAAGCACAUCCCUCUGACUGACAAGGCUGUUGCCGAUGAGGCCAAAUAA